AUGAUUCAGACGUCGAUAAUAACAGGGCAACAAGCCCGACUUGCAUCUCGAAGCAAUGUACACACAACAUCAACAUCAGGCCUGGCACCUGGAUAUCUACAAGCCAAUCUGAUCAUCUUGCCAUCACGAUACGCAAGCGAUUUCCGCAACCUUUGCGCCAGAAACCCCGUCCCAUGCCCCCUAAUUGCAGAGUCUGAGACGACGGGAUGCGAUGAUGCGGUGAUUUCUCAUAUCAAGACCCUUCGCGGCGAUGAAAUUCUCGGCGAGGGGAGCGACCUCAGGCGAGACGCACCGCGAUACAUGGUAUACAAGGAUUCGAAGCUGGAGAAGAGCCACUGCAGCGAUAUCACGGCGGAGUGGACGAGCGACCAUGUUGCGUUUCUGAUCGGCUGCUCAUAUUCCUUCGAGGCGGAGCUGACUGCGGCCGGACUCCCGCCACGGCAGCUAGUACUAGGGAGAAACGUGCCCAUGUACAGGACGACGCUGAGGCUGUGUCCGUCAGGGGUGUUUCGGGGAGGUACAUACGUGGUGUCGAUGAGGCCGUAUAAGCGGCGGGAUGUCGAGACGGUGAGGAACAUCACGAGGAGGUUUGGGGCUACGCAUGGGGAGCCGCUGGAUUGGGGGUGGGAGGCGGUGGAGAGGCUUGGGAUUGAGGAUAUUGAUGGGCCGGAAUGGGGGGAUGCGCCGCUGGAUGGAGAUGGGAAACGAGCGUUUGGGGAGAUGAGAGGUGGAGCUGAGGAUGAGAAUGAGGAUGAGGAUGAAGAGAUUCCGGUGUUUUGGGGCUGUGGAGUGACGCCGCAGGAGGCGGUGAUGAGGGCCGGGCUGGAGGGGCUGGUGAUGGCUCAUGCGCCGGGGCAUAUGCUGGUGCUGGAUGCGCGAGAUGAGGACAUUGCAGGGUGA